AUGUUCGGUCAGACGCAGCCCGUCUGCGGACUCUACUACAACAUCCCCUGCAAUGGUGGCAUGCAGCAAGCGUAUCUCCCCCAAGUCGAAGUCAAAGUACAUGCCAGCAUCCUUGCAACCACGUCUCGAACCGUGCUCAAACAGACGUUCGCAAAUCCUUCCACAACCAGAGGCAUUCGUGAAGUUCGUUACACAUUUCCCCUCUACGAUGGGGUGAGCGUGGUAGGCUUCUCGUGCCAAGUUGGCAAUCGCACGAUCGUCGGCGAAGUCAAAGAAAAAGAGAGUGCGAAGGCACUAUUCAAAAACGCUGUAGCUAGAGGCGAGACAGCAGGCUUGCUCGAGCAGCUUCCCGCAGCAUCAGACGUCUUCACUACCACCAUCGGCAACAUUCCGCCGAGUGCAAGAGUCGUCAUCAACAUCACCUACCUUGGCGAGCUGAAGCAUGAUAUGGAAGUGGAUGGCAUCAGAUUCACUAUCCCCACCAGUAUCUCUCCACGGUAUGGAAGUUUUGGUAGAACUCAAUCUUUUCCGCAUCUGCAGAUGGACGGUGUCAUCUCAAUUACCGUGGAUGCUGAAACGGCAGAGGGGUCUUUCAUCCAAAAGUUACAGUCACCAACGCAUCCCAUUUCCAUGUCCAUGGGCACGACUUCUGUCGAACCAGAUGCAGUGCCAUCAAUGAGCAAGGCUUCUGCUACGCUGAGCCUGGGAACUGCGCACCUCGAGACCGAUUUCAUCUUGCAGAUCAUUGCAAAGGAUACUGGUAUUCCCAGAGCCGUCCUUGAGACUCACCCGUCCAUUUCGAAUCACCGAGCACUGAUGGCUACACUUGUACCCAAAUUUGCACUCCCUGGAGAGAAGCCAGAGAUCGUCUUUGUAUGCGACCAAAGUGGCAGCAUGGAGGGGACCAGAAUGGAUCUUGCUAUCGAAGCGCUUCAAGUUUUUUUGAAGUCUCUCCCAGUGGGAGUCAAGUUCAACAUAUGUUCUUUUGGCAGCGAACAUUCAUUCAUGCUGCCCAAGAGCGUCUCAUACAAUCAAGAGACUCUUGAUUACGCUACUCACUAUGUAGGAAAGCUUCAGGCCAAUUAUGGGGGCACAGAAAUGCUCCGCCCACUGCAAGCAACCAUUGAAAAUCGUUACAAAGACAUGCCGCUGGACGUUAUCUUGUUGACUGACGGGGAGACCUGGAAUCAACAAGAUGUGUUCGACUACCUUAACAAGCAGAUCCAGGUGGAGAGAGCUCCGAUCCGAGUCUUUACUCUAGGCAUCGGAAGCGGGGUCUCACAUGCGCUCAUCGAGGGAAUUGCGAAAGCAGGCAAUGGCUUCUCGCAGUCUGUACAAGAAGGCGAGAAAAUGAGCGGUAAAGUUGUGCGAAUGCUCAAGGGCGCUUUGUCCCCACAUGUGGACAACUACACGCUGGAGGUGAAGUAUACAGCCGCUGAAGAGAGCGAUGACUUCGAGAUUGUCGAGAAGGUGGCAGAUAGUUUGAAGGUCAAGCUCGAUUUGAAAGACAAGGAAGAUAAAUUCAAUGACAAGCAACAGAAGAAGCCAAUUUCACUGUUCGACACAUCCGCAGAUCUUGACGACAACCUCCCAAUAGUGAACAGAAUGACCAGGGAAGACCGCUAUGCCCACCUUAUGCCGAUACCAUCCCCAAAGAUUCUUCAAGCCCCUCAAGAAAUCCCACCCCUUUUUGCAUUCAACCGCACAACCGUGUACCUACUUCUCGGACCAGAAGCUCCUCGCGCCACACCAACUUCCGUCAUACUUCGCGGCACAAGCAACCAUGGGCCCCUUGAACUCGAGAUACCGAUACAGGUCCUCGACUCUCCAAGCGAGACGAUCCACCAGCUCGCCGCCAAAAAGGCUGUAUCAGAGCUAGAACAAGGUCGCGGUUGGCUCGCAGCCGCACGCGAUGCAGACGGCCAACUACUCAAAACACGGUUCGAUGGCCGGUUCAGCGAUAUGGUUGAGCGCGAAGCCGUGCGCUUGGGCGUGCAGUUCCAAGUUGGUGGAAAGUGGUGCUCGUUCGUCGCGACUGAGAAGACGCCUAAAAAUAAGACGGAUCAGAUGGACUUGGACUGGGAAUACCUGGAAGACGAGAAACGGACAGAACGGACGGAGCAAAGGUCCUUGUUCGCUGGCAUGGGUUUUGGGCAGGUGGCUCAGCAGCAAACAACGCAACAGCAGUCUUUAUUUGGUCAGCAGCCAGCGAAUUCAGGAGCGAGGCUGUUUUCAACGUCUCUGUCUCAUUCGGCAAGAAGCGGUAACCAUGGUGGAGGCUUCGUCGGUGCAUCAACAGUCAACCACCAAAACCCAAGCGCGAUGAUGCAACAACAGCAACAACAGCAACAACAGAAACAGUGGUCGAUGCCCUCUGGCACUUCUUCUUUGUUCGGCUCGUCUGCCUCUCCUGCUGCACCAUCUCUCAGAAGUGUUGCGGCUAAUGAGCCAUAUGAUUUGUCCCACAGUCAAAUGGCAAAGCCAGCAUUCGGACAGAUCAAAGCUUCUCCACCAUUCUUUGGGGGAGCUAGCUCAGCUGGUGUGUCGUCAGCACCGGCAGCCCAUGCACUGCAAGACUACCAGAUGCAGUGCAUGAUGCUUGAACAGCAAAACAAGAAACGUCUUCUCAUGUCUAAACAACCAACCGGACACGAGGCUCUUGAACAAUCUGCUGUUACUGACCGCAACGCCAAUUUUUACUCAGGCUUUGCUGCUGGUGCAAACAACUUCAGUCCCCUCGCCUCCCACGGCGCAGAAGCGAGCGGUGGCUUUUCUGCGUACGGCGCCCAAGAACCCUCCAGUCCGGGAUAUCACCAGUACUCCAAGACACUACCAGGACGCUCUUCUUCUCGACCACAACCAGAUGAGUCGGCACAGGGCCAGGAUCUCUCCUCUGGUGUUGGCGAUGAAGCUCCGCUCGAGAACUUCGACUUUGACUCAUUCCUCCAUGAAGGUAAAGAUGAUGCGGUGUUGAACAAGGUGAAACAGAGAGAUCUCAAGGACCAUGUCUUCGAGAGCACGGAAAAGCAGACGCCGGCUGCAUCAUCCUUCUCUGUGAACUCAUCAGACUACGCCCAUAACUCACCAGGUUACGCGCCUAACUUAUCGCGUUUUGCGCCCACAUCGCCACAGUACUCUCCCACAUCACCAGUAUACUCUCCCACAUCACCAGUAUACUCUCCCACAUCACCAGUAUACUCUCCCACAUCACCAGUAUACUCUCCUACAUCACCAGUAUACUCUCCUACAUCACCAGUAUACUCUCCUACAUCACCAGUAUACUCUCUCGCUUCACCGGUAUACUCUAUCGCUUUACCACAAUACUCCCCUUCAUCCCCACGGUACUCUUCCCCAUCACUGCGAGACGGCUCACAAACCCCAUCGCCACCUUCUCACCCCUUAUCACCCGACGCCCUCCUCCUACUAUUAAUCAAACACCAAUUCUUCAACGGCUCCUUCGCCUACAACGCCCCCAUACUCGAGCAUCUCGGUACCUCCGUCGCGGAAUUCAACCAGUGCCUGCUAGACGCCAGCCUCGAGUCCAACAACGCCGGCGACUCCGUUGCACUCUUCACAGCGUUGUUGGUCGUCUACAUGGAGCGGAAAAUGCAGGAAUUUCAGGGCGCGUGGGAGUUGGUGGUUGAGAAGGCGAGGGCGUGGUUAGAGGAGGUGUGCGCCGAUCACGACGGGGAUACAGGUGUGCUUUUGAAAGCUGCAGGCGCGUUGGUUGCGGCAUGA